CCUGCCGCACCACUAUGUGUGUUGGUGCUGCUAGCUCUAUUAGUUGCGGGAAAACGCUGCGUCUCGUUGCACACGCGUGGAAAUGGGCACUGUCGCGGACCAGUCCUCGCCUCCUGUGCACCGCUGCGCUUGUACGAUGCGUACAGCCGCCUCGCCGGCUUUAGACCUCUCGCAAUUUGGAGAUGCCUACGGCCAAAAGCCGGUGCGAGGAACGGGAGCAAUCUUGAGGGCACUUCUCGAGCUCUGCCUCGACCCUUCUUCGUGCCUGGGGACUCGCGGAUCCUCGGCUUGCCACAACUUGAGAGACCAGCUUUGUUGCUACGCGCGUCCGCGACGCGGCAGCAGAACGCUUCGCGCGCGUUUCCACAAUAGCUCUCAACGCGCCAAAGCGCUUGAGCCCCGCAGAAACCCUGCGGUUGCACGGCAGAGCUGCAACUUUGGCAGUGCUCUCCCUGCUGUGGUGGCACACACUUGACGGACGACGCGUGCGCGAUACCGUGGCGCCUCGCGCAGCCACAGAGCCGCAGCGCACGCCAUAAAAUGCUGGCCAUCUCGGAAAACGCGCGCUACACGAACGCGCUCGGCGACGCGCUGCUCUGCGCGAUGCACUGGUGCUUCGUGUACCGGUUCGUGCGCCGGGGCCGCGUCACGGGGGACCGGGCGCGGGCCCUGCAAGGUCUCACGCUCGCCUACUACCUCUGCAUGAUCGGCUUUCAAGGGUUCGGGUGUUUGAUGCAUCUGGUCGAACCGAAUUAUGCCGUGCCGGACAAAUUCUGGGCCUACUACAUGCUGUGCGGGUGCUUCGCGCCGCCGUUGUAUGGCAUGGUGUGCUGCCUGGACCAGCUCGAGGAUGCGCGGCACGCGGUGCUCGGCGUGGCCGGGUUUUUGGUGGCGCCGCUACUCUAUCUGCCGUGCGCCUACUUUCGGGUGGACCUGUCGGACUACCUGCCCCUCCCCAAGACGCUGGAGCUGACGUUGCCGGCGUUCUUCGUGCGAAGAAUGAGCAACCUGCCCUGGAUGGCCUCGGCGCUCGCGCUGAAUAGGGUGAAGGAGGCGACGGUGCCGCUGACCCUCACUUUUGAUGGAAGGGGCUACGCCGCGACGCCCUUCGAGGCGAUCUUCGACCCGAAAUAUAGGGACGCGACGGACCUCGUGGCGUCGUUCCCGGACUGGCGCUGCGAGUCGCUCGGGACGCUCAUGCUCUUCUUCGGCGUGGGCACGAACGUCGUCUUCACGCUGCUGAACGCGCACGGCGCGCGGUCGCCGGACGCGGGGAAGCGGGGCCGGGCCGCGGACGGCAAGACGAGCGGCCUCUUCAUGUUCGUCGCGCUGCUCAGCAUGCCGCCGUCCAUGCUGCUGGGCGGCGUGCGCUGCGGCAUCGACCUCAUGCACGCGUGCGCCGCGCCGUCGAUGUACCUCCAGGCGGCCGCGUGCGCGGGCGCCGUCGCGGCGGCGGACGCGCGCGCGCGCGAGCGGAAGGUCCGCUAG